GAAGUAGCAGUGGUUGGUACCUUAAUGUCCGUCUGCUUCAGCUUGUGUGCAGAUUUCGUUUCGCUGUCUGGAAAUAGGCAUGGGAAAGAAGGGACAUUCGAGUUGCCCCAACAGUGACUUGUGCGCUUUAUUAUUAGAACUUGCCGAAUAUGAGAAAAAUGUCUCGAACAAUAUGUACAAGCAUAAGGCGUACCGCAAGGCAGCUGCGACAUUAGCAGAACACCCCACUCGCAUCAAGGACGGCAAGGAAGCCAAGAGCUUAGCAGGAAUCGGCGACAAAAUAGCUAAAAAGAUCGACGAGAUUUUACAGACUGGGAAAUUAGGAAAGCUGGAAAAAAUCCGUAGCGACGACACCAGCAGCGCUAUCGGAGCGCUUACUCGUGUAUCUGGUAUCGGACCAGCGGCAGCGAAGAAAAUGAUUGAACGCGGCAUCAAGAGCAUAGAUGAUCUCCGAAAACAUCAGGACGAACUCACUCAUCACCAAAGAGUUUGUCUGAGACACUUGGAAGAUCUUGAAAAACGAAUCCCGCGCGAAGAAAUAACUGAGAUAGAGUCUAAAAUUAAAAACGCAUGUCGCGAGCUAGAUAAGGACUACGAGGCAACAGUAUGCGGCAGUUAUCGAAGAGGUCUGCCCGACAGUGGUGAUAUUGAUGUGCUUUUAUGCCACAAGAAGUUCACCUCCAAAGACAAGAAGUGUCCCGAGCGCCUCCGGAAGGUCGUUGACCACCUGAAAGGGAUGGCGCUCAUCACGGACACGCUGUCGCUGGGCGACACAAAGUUUAUGGGCAUCUGUCGCCUCGAUAACUCUUGUCCGUUUCGCAGAUUGGAUAUGCGUCUCAUACCGCAGGACCAGUACGUGUGCGGAGUCUUGUACUUCACUGGCAGCGACGUUUUCAACACAGAAAUGAGAGCCCACGCUCAAAAGCACGGCUUCAUGCUCAACGAGUACUCCUUGCGCCCCAUCGGCUGCACGGGGGUACCUGGAGAGCCUGUACCCAUUGAGGAUGAGAAACAAGUCUUCGAGUACCUCGACCUCCCUUACAAGGCACCCAGCCAAAGGCAUUAGAGAUUCACAGGGUUAUUUUGUAAUUCCAAAAUUUGUAAAAAUAAAUUAUGUACCAGGUAAAUUA